GGCGGCGCCGCUUCCACACUGCGGUAACCUAUCAGGCAGAAGAUGAGAAUUGUAUGGCGGAAAUAGUGAACGUGGUGUUUGUCGACCGAUCUGGGCGAAGGAUCCCAGUCCAAGGCAGAGUUGGGGAUGACGUGCUGCGCUUGGCUCAGAAGAACGGCAUCGACCUGGAAGGCGCCUGCGAAGCUUCUCUGGCCUGCUCCACCUGUCACGUCUACGUGAGCCACGACUUUGUGGACAAGCUUCCCACCCCGGAUGAACGGGAGGAUGAUAUGCUGGACCAGGCCCCCUUGCUCCAGGAGAACUCCCGCCUGGGCUGCCAGAUCGUCCUCGGCAAAGAACUGGAAGGAGCGGAGUUCACCCUCCCCAAGAUCACGAGGAACUUUUACGUGGACGGGCACGUCCCCAAGCCGCACUGAGGGCGCCGGAGCCGAGAGCCGGACCGUUUAUCCUCCAGAGCGGGGCCGACCUGGGUCGUCUCCGGAGGCUUUGGAGAGAGCGAGGCAGGCGUGUGGUGGAAGCAGGUGAGAUUUUAAAAAACGGAAAACACGUCUGGUGCUCCGGGAGCAAAGAAGACGGCGCGGAGGAAAGGGGUGCACUUCUGUAAACUGUGGCUGGCCGACGCGCGGUCUCCUUCCUAGCCCCGAAACGAUGCUGAAAGAGGCCCUCCGAUGCCAGUUGGCUCUCCCGAAAAUCCUGCAGGCAGCUGACUUGGCCCCAAAGAGAGAGAAGGAGCAGCAACACAGCGCCUCGUGUCUUUUUAAGGGAUAUAAGUUUAUACGGCCCCAUUAACGUGGUGGGCGUCUGCAGGGAGAAUGUGACGUAAUAAUUUCGCAAGCACUUUGGUUGUAUAUGUCAUGGAUCUUGGCUGUUUCACCCCCCCACACACACACACACACACACACUGUUACACAAAGGGGUGCUUUUAAAACUUGGGAGUUUUUCUGUGUUUCGUUUGUUUGCUGGAGAUCCCUUGGAUGUAUCUGUUGGUUUCUGCAGGGACCCGUCGCUCACUAUUACGAGUGAACACAUGGUCAGAACAGAUGUCCCCGUCUUUUUCCCCACCGUGCACUCUUUGGUGGGGAUAGGGGAGGAUUCUCUUUAAGAGAAGGUCUAGUUCAAAGUAUUAGUAUUAUUUUUUUAAUGGAAAUACUUCCUGGUGAGAGACCCCAAAGAACCAUUUCGUUGAAUUUUGUUUUCCAUUUUAAAGGGUGUGGAUCUGAUUUGGUGGUGGAUAGUUAGGUACUCUAGGCAUGUUUUUGAAUAUAGCCCUCCUAAUCCUCGAACGCAGACCCCGUUGGCAAAACAGAGCUCAGCGUGGGUGGAAGCAA